AUGCGCGCGAUUGUUGUAGAAUCGUGGGACUCCCCUCCUGCCUUCUCAGCAGAUCACCCUGACCCAUCCACCACCGACUCAGACAAAGUCACCAUCAAGGUCCUAGCAGCUGGCUUGCAUCAGCUCGUCCGCUCGCAAGCCGCUGGCCAGCACUACACCAGCAAGAACGCCGGGCUUCCCUACGUACCCGGAUCUGAUGGCGUCGGUACCACCCCAGACGGAAAGGUCGUGUACUUUAACAGCAUUCUCAAGGGCGGCAGCUUUGCAGAGUACGUGACGGUGCCCAAAGCCGCCAUAACACCCGUUCCAGAGGGCGCCGACCCCGUCCAGAUUGCAGGCCUGUUGAACCCAGGCAUGAGCUCGUGGAUGGCCCUGGCCGCACGAGUCGAGAACCUUCCGCCGAACUUCACCGUCGUCAUUGUUGGGGUGACCGCGAUCUCAGGCAAGGUCGCCGUCGAAUUCGUUCGCGAAAGGGGUGCCGGGAAGGUGAUUGGUGUGGCGCGCAACGCCAAAGAAAUGGACGCGCUGAAGCUCGAUCAGAGUAUCGUGUUGGCAAGUAAUCCUGCUGAAACGGACUUCUCAGGCCUGGGCGAUGUCGAUGUCAUACUCGACUACCUUUACGGUCCUGUCAUCACAGCUCUCUUCACCGCCCUCAAGUCCACGGUGCCGACACAGUACGUCCAGAUUGGAUCUGUAGCCGGUCUGGAUACUCCUCUACCAGCGGCCAUCUUGCGGUCCAAGAACCUCACAAUGAGAGGCGCAGGGCCCGGGGCAUGGUCAAUGCAGCACUUUGGCAAGGAGCUGCCUGGCCUGCUCACUGCGGUGGCGAAAUUGCCGAAGAUGGAUCUCAAGGUGAGGAAGCUGGAAGAUGCCGCGGACGCCUGGGCAGCGAAGAAGGACAGGACGGUUUUUGUUCCAUGA